GGUAGCUGCGGAUCAUUUCUUAAGCUUAAACUCAUUAGGCUUGGAUCUCGUAUAAAUUAAUUUCAUCGUGCUCUAAGCGCUGUCAGAUCUUAGCUCGAGCCUUUGUAAUUGUACGUCAAAUCCAUUACCCCUGGGAAUCGAGCAUUUUUCAUUUAUAUAUUCGUUGUCGCUGUUAUAGAUACCUUAUUCUCAUGAUAGCUUCAUCUUACCUUCGUUUUACUUCAUCUUUAUCUGUGCAGUUUUCCAGAUAUGGUUUCAGUCAAGUCACUCGUUGCCCUUGCGGCAUUUUCUGUAACACAGGUUCAGGGCAUUGAUCUUGAUGUCACCAGCACUGAUUCUAUCAAAUCAGCAGCUGGCACAAUCGCAAAAGACUUAGUCGGCCUUUACAACCAGUCUCAAACUCCGGGAAAUCCAAUUGGCGUUUUGAGCCCACCUUAUUACUGGUGGGAAUCCGGUGCCAUGUUCGACACCUUAAUUCAAUACUGGCGCUUGACUGGUGAUUCUCAGUACAACAAACUUGUCACCCAGGGAUUGGCCUAUCAACGAGGGCCUAAUGACGAUUUCAUGCCGCUGAAUCAAACGAAAUCCAUGGGUAAUGACGAUCAAUCAAUUUGGGCUCUUGCAGCAAUGUCUGCAGUAGAGACACGACUAGUAGAAGAUCAGAACGUUUCAUGGGCUGGCCUUGCUCAAGCAACGUUCGACGAGCAAGUAGUUCGCUGGGACGAGAAAACUUGCAACGGAGGUCUUCGCUGGCAAAUUUUUACUUUCAAUAACGGCUAUAGCUACAAGAACACGAUAACAAAUGGAAACUUUUUCCAACUCGCGGCUCGUCUUGCUGUUUCCAAAAACAAUGACACUUAUUCGGAGUGGGCAACCAAAGCAUGGAAUUGGACUAAAGCGGUUGGCUUUAUUGAUGAGGACUUCAAUGUUUUUGACGGCGCCGAUGUUUCGAAGAAUUGUUCCGCGAUCAACAAAGUGCAAUUUUCGGAGAAUGCAGGUACAUUCAUUGCCGGAGCUGCGUACAUGUACAAUUAUACCAACGGAGACACUCAAUGGAAAACAGCACUCGAUGGUCUCUUAAACAAAACCAUCUCCUCAUUCUUCCCAUCUGGAAUCGCCACCGAAACUGCCUGCGAAACCAAAAAUUCUUGCAAUAUAGACCAACGCGCCUUCAAAGGUGUACUAGGAAAAUGGCUCGUCGAUACCAUUGCCGUCGCUCCAUACACCAGCGAUCUCAUUACCAAGCAACUUACUAGCUCCGCCCAAGCUGCUGCAAAGACUUGUGGGGAUAACGGAUGUGGUUUGGACUGGAGUGGCAAUGCCAAAAAUAGUUCUACUGGUGUGGGAGAACAAAUAGAUGCCCUCAAUUAUGUACAAGGCUUGCUUCAUGGCCAGGCUCUCUCAUCUACCACUCAAAAUUCUUCCGGUGCGACGACAACUGGUUCUGGAAGUUCCACAAGCACAAGUGCAAGUGCUAACGCGUCUGUUACUGGGAAUGCGGCGGUUGGAAUGGUAGCAGGACACUCGGCCUUGAGUUUUUCGAUCUUGGGAGCAUUGACUUGGUUGGUGUUGUAAGGUUGAUAAAAUUUGGUCAAUAUUCAAGAUAAUAUAAUAAAUUCAUAGCCAAAUCUCUAAUAAAAUUGCUGGAAUGAUGCUUAAGUCCAUCUCCCUUUGUGUAAACAUUUUCUGAUAUGAUACUCGCACCUGGCACUUUCCUACAUUAUGAGAUGAAGGAAAGAACGCUAGCACAGUGCAUCACCUUAUGUAGCAAAAUUUUCAUCUUGGAACGCUUAGCCUCUAUCUCAUUAUUCUUUACCCCAAAAUUUUAAUCAACAUCA